ACGUGAUCCUACUGCGCAUGCGCAUAUCACCUCCCUUCAUAUUUUAGCCAUUGCCAUGUAGAGCUCUUUGGCAUUUUAGCUUAAUCUGCUACAGCUUUGAUUUAUUUCCAGGUUUAAAAAAAUGUCCGAGCUUGAAGCUAGUGUAUCGUGUUCUCCGCAGUGUGCGGAAACAGACAAAAUCAAAAAUACAGACGAUAUCAAUCCAGAAACAGUACAAAACACUAACACCAAUAUUUCUCAGGUUGAAGAAGGGUCUCAGAGCGAUAGUGGUCUUCUCAAAGGCUUGUUGACAGAUAACUUCUGUCACGUCUGUGAAGCAACCCUGCUUUACGAGUCCCAGAGAGUUUCUCAUUAUGAGGGGAAAAAGCAUGCACAAAGAGUCAGGAUGUACUUGCAGAACAAGAACACUAAAAUAAAUAAGCCGAGCCAAGAUUGUGGAGGCCUUUUGAGAGGUCUGUCUGCAGAGAAGUUCUGCGAGCUGUGCAACAUGGUAUUCAGCUCUCCAACUGUGGCCAAGUCACACUAUGAAGGCAAAGUUCAUGCAAAGAACAUGAGAAAAACUAAUCCUCUGCCUCCUGGAGCGCCCGUCCUAGAAUCCACAAUUCCUGAUGUCCUCCCAUCAGAGGCUGCUGUGCAGAAUCAGAUCAGUCUGGAGCAGAAGGACACUUCUGACUUGGGCGAUCAAGAGGUUGAUCUCAGUGACCCCAACAAGUACUGUACACUGUGCAGCGCUUCCUUUAACAACCCUCUGGUCGCCCAGCAGCACUACAGCGGCCGAAAACAUCAGCGGAACCAGGCCCGGCAAGAGAUGCUGGAUCAGAUGGGCGAACAGUCAGAUCAUGCGAGCUCCCUGACUUGCCCGAUUUGCUGCCUGACACUCAGCUCAUUAGAGAUGUACCAGGCACACAUGCAGGGAAACAAACACUUUGUCAAAGAGAAGAAAGUUAUGGAACUGUGCAAAUCUCAGAAGAAAGUGUACGACUCCUUCCAGGAUGAGCUGGCUGACUACAUCCAGGUGCAGAAGGCCCGGGGACUGGAUCCCAAAGCAGGGCUGGGCACCAUAGGACAAGCAAGCAAGGGUCUGGAUGAGAGUGUGAAAGAAGGUCCACAGAAAGCUGAAGAGAUGCCUCAUCCUGUCCAGUUGGUGCCACGUUUUCCGCCUCCUGGUUUCCCUCAACCUCAGUGGCACCCACAAUUCCAGUCUCAGGUCAAUCAGUUUGGCUUUGGCAUGAGAGGCCCUGUCCCACACUAUCGGCCGGGAUUUAUGCCCCAUGCCCGUCCUCCUUUCCCACCAGGUCACCUGUAUAAAAGAGGGAGGAGCCCUGAGUCAUGUAGCUCCUCCCCUUUCUCAGACUCCUCCUCCUACACUAGCAGCAGUAGUGACAGCAGCAGCAGUUACGACAGCAGAGAGAGGAGGAAACAGAAGAGGAAGAUGAAAAAGCGAGGGAAGAGCAGAAGAGACCAGGAGGAAGGGUCUGAUACGGAACGAGGAGAAAGGAAAAAGAGCCGGAAGGGAGACAGGAGGGGAAGUGUAGAAGGAGAAGAUGAUAGAAAGAAAUGGAAGGAGAAAAGAAAAAGAGAGAGGAGCUCUAGUGAAGACGAGGAUAGCAGAAGUAAAAGAAGAGCAAGCAAGAAAAGUAGGAGGCAUGGGGAUGGACAGCAUGCAAAGAGCCGAAAAGAAGAGGAACUCUUAGAGAAACAAGAGGUUGAAGUGCACGAGGAACCACAGGGAAAAAUGGAGGAACAUGUAGAGGUCAGGACAGAAACAAAAGAUGGCAAACACAAACACAAAAAAGAGAAGAAAAAAGGAAAAGAGAAGAUGAAUCAAGAAGACAACAGGACAGAGGAGGAAAGGCUCUGGGAUGAGACGAUUCUUGGUGUUUUUUAGACUGUAGUUUUUUCGAUGAUGGUCUGUCAGUAUUGUUCUAAUAAAACUGCAUGGGACCCCAGAAAAGCAUUUUGCUGAAAUCUUCUGGGCCCUUUUCACUAUUUAUGCUUUCUGAAGAACUGUAAAGGCAUUUCUUUUAUACAGAAAAUCAUCUGCUCUCAAUUCCUUUUUAAGGAAUCAACAGUGAAAAUGUUGUCAUGAUUUACUCACCCUUAUUUCAUUUCAAACCCAUAUGACUUCUAUGGAACACAAAAUAGAUGUUAAGAAUGUUCAUGCUGCUUUUUUCCAAUGCAAUUAAUGUGUACAGAAGCUCCAAAAAUGACAAAAAAAAAAGUAGAAGUCAAUAUGACUGGUGCACUAUAUUUCAAGUUUUUUGGUUACAGAUCAAAACUGAUUGAAAAUAUUGGUUAAAAAUAUUGCUGGCUGCAAUUCCACAUAUUCAACCUUGCUGCUGUGUUGUGAGCAGAAACGUGACUUACAAGAAACUACAGCGUUUGUUAAAAACUGGCUUCAAAAGACUUAUGCUGCACAAGUUUUAUGAAUUAACUGUUAUAUUUAAGGUGCUUUUGUCACUUUUAGAGCUCAACAUCAUUCAUUCACUUUCACAGUCUGGAAAAGAGCAACAUGAACAUUAUGCUAAACCUCUCCUUUUGUGUUCCACAGAAGAAAGGAAAGCAUACAGGUUUGGAAUGACAUGAGGGUGAGCAAAUGAUGAAAAUGUUCAUUCCUUGAAAUGCUCAGGACUACAGACUUUAGGAUGUCUCUAGAGCUGCACUUCUCUCUUGGAGAAAUCACUUGCUUUAUACUUUUUGAUGUGUGAUGCAAAAACACUACGUGAGCCAUCCACCAUGUCCAUGUGGAUGUGUCCUUCAACUUGCUUCAUGCUUUGAUCAAAUAAACCCCUCCCACUGUUUAUAUCAGCAUAGAUUUAGUAUUUAUUGUUGAACUUUUUCUAAAAAUCUCUUAUACAUGAACUUUUAUUUCUGACUUAAUUGAAGCAUUUCCAGUCUUAGUCUCAAGGGGGCGUUGAUUGCAAACGUACACACUACACUGUGGAUCUGCUAGAAACGUCUUUCAGGCUUAAUCUCUCUGUGUUCAAGAAAGACAUGAAAACAGGAAUGAACAGUGAAAAGAAAAUGAAGAGUUGUCAGAAUAUAGAAUAUUGCAUAUUGUAAACAUUUGCCUGAAUCAGAAGAGCUCGGUCUGCAAUCCUUGUUUUUGUUGCAUUUCUGUGUUUGUGUGAAACAGUAAUGUGAUGCCAGGCUCAUUUGAUGCAGCAUAUGCUGGAAUAUUUUUGUUUGCAGGUCUAACAGGUGCAAGAGUUGAAUGAGGACACGACUGCUACUCUUUUGACCUCUUUCUUGCAUAGAGCUGCAUUUCCUUUUUUGUGAGUUAUCACAAUCAUGCAAUCAUCCGUUUAUUUAAUGACUGUGCUGCUAAGCAGAUUUCCAAUGUCUCCAUUAAAGAAUCCUUAACUAACUUUUGGAUCACUUUCUGAGCGCUCAGGGAGCAUGCAGAUCGUGGGAGAAGGUGGAUGUGUUUCAAAGGAAAUCAUACUUGAAAAUGCAUGAAUUACGUGUCCUUUUUCACAUUCGCAUGUAAAAUGGGAUGGUUCAGUCAAAAAUUAGCAUUUUGUAAUUUACUAGCUCUAAUGCCGUACCAAACUCAUGAAAAUGGGGAUGUGGGCUGGUUAGCACAAAAAUGACGAAAAAAACAUCUUAAAAGUUUUGCACUGUAUUCCAAGCCUUAUGUAUUUUUGUGUCAUAAACACAGUCACAGUCUCCACACUCAUUUAAAUAUGGUGCCUUUAGAUGCAUAGGUUUAGAACAUGAGGUUUGAAAUCGAUGUUAUCCAUUUAUCCAUCUUCCGAUUUCCAGUCUCAAGCCAAUUUGAAAAUGUGGAUGCACAAUUGGAAUUAUAAUUGACUAUAAUAAUUUUAUGAUACUUAUAUUUAUGACAAUUUUAUGGUGACUUUUUGUCAUUUUAAAGACAUGCCGGAUCCCCAUUCCCUUUCUCUAUAUAAAAUAGAGUAGCCUAGUACAUUCUUCAACAUUUCUACUUUUGUGUCCAACAGGAAAAAUAAGUUAUGCACUACCAGUCAAAAGGUUAAUUAACUUUUUUUCAAAUGUUUUUGAAAGAGGUCUUUAAUGCUCAUCAAGACUGCAUUAAGUUGAUCAAAAUACAGUAAAACUGCAAUAUUGUGAAAUAUUAUUGCCAUUUAAAAGAGCGGUUCCUUAAAAUGUAUUCUUUUUUUAUUUUUUUAUUUCUGUGAUGGCAAAGCUGAAUUUUUAGCAGCCAUUACUUCAGUCUUCAGUCAUGAUCCUGCAGAAAUCAUUCUAAUAUACUUAUUUGCUUAAUUUAAAAAAAUCUAAGUAAUAUAGUAUACAUGGAACAACAUGAUGGUGGGUAACAAUUUUUUGGCGUGAACUAUUCCUUUAAUUUGCAUGCAUGAUGAAUUGUAAUGUGUGUAGUUCUACUAAACAUGUUUUGAUCUUCAAAUGCACUUGUAUUAAAUUGUGGAUCUAACACCUGUAGCUUCUCACACAGCUUUUGUACUUCAGAACUGUAUGAACUUUUUUCCAAGUCUUUGUAACCGCAGAGUUGAAAGCCCUCCGUAGACACAAACUCGUCGACAGUCGCGCUAAAGCAUUCUCUCGAGCCCCCUGAGAUCUCCUGUUUUCAAAGAAUCGUGUGGUUCGGCUCCCUGUGUCUUUGUCGUACCCUCGACCUCCAAGACGUGUGCGUCUCCCACAUCCUCCCCUCUUCACGACCCCUCCACGGGCCCAUGAGCCCCUCUAGCCCUCCUCAAGAGACGAGGGCCAAUGAAUGAGACCUUUUAACACCUCGGCUCGAAAACUCCCACACAAGCCCCUCUGAGCUUCAGGCUCCAGAGUCCCACACACUCAAAAACUUAAUUAGUGCAGUUUAUCUAGAACGUGGAGUGGAAAACAAGCACGUUUAUUUGUUUAGAUUGCCUAAGCGAGUUGAGAAAUGUUGGGCUUCUGAAUAAAAACCAACAAUUUGACUUUGCGGGCCUGCAGUUUUGUUCUUCAGGGUUGUUCGGUGUUACUGUUGUAAUGCUAGGGUGGAAUUUUCAGUGCAUAUUAAUGAACAAACCUUAAUUUAUUUAUUAAUUAUUAUGAACUAAUUGUAUCUGUAACUAAAUAUGAUCUGCUCUAUCGAUAUGUGAUUGCAGUAAGCGGUUUUACAUUGUGUGGA